CAAAAAUGCGCACUGCCCUCCUCGCAUGCCUCGCCUCGACAGAGGCCCUGCUGAUCUCUCCGUUUCGCGUCACCUCAUCCGCUGGCCGUGGAUCCGUCAAGGCGGCGGCCUGCGACUCCGAGGCAAAUGACGGCGACCCGUCACUCAUUCUCACCACCAAUGUCGCGCUCAGCGACAAGGCGGCUUUCGUCAAGGCCUGCUCCGCAGCCAUCGCGACCAGCCUCUCCAAGCCCGAGGCGUACGUCGCCGUCUGUGUCACCGACGGCCACGAGGCGAUGUCCUUCGGCGGCAGCACAGAUCCGUGUGCGCUCGGCUGCGUCUACUCCAUCGGCGCCAUCAACCAGGAGAACAACGGCGCCCUCACCAAGGCCAUCUCCGAGCUGCUCGCGGCGCACGGAGCAGUGCCCGCCGACCGAGUGUACCUCAACUUCUUCGACGUGCCGCGCGCAAACUGCGGCUGGAGCGGACGGACCUUUGCCGGAUGAGAGGAGAGAAAGAGGGAGAGAGAGGGAGAGAGAGGGAGAGAGGGGCGGGCAGGUCGACGCGAGGCGGGCUCAAGGUGUCUGGCCGCCGCCGCCGCCGCGCGGCGGCGGCGUUCGGUUUGCCGGCAGGUCGGACGUCAGAGGCAGGGUGGCAUGGGACUGCGCGGGGUCGCGCGAGCCACAGUAAGCCAGAAACGCCCCAAACGGUUGCUGCCUAGCCCAACACACGAUUCACAACACACGAUUCGAGAGCCCCACCGUCGGCGUCGUGGGUGGCUAAGGUAAGCGUAAGGGCUAAGGCAAGGUUAGGUAAACUUC